UAAUUCCUAAUUUUAAUAGCCACCUGUUCAAGCCCCCAAACAGGCAAGGCGAAGAUACUUUUGAUAUCACGGAGGACUUGAAAAUAAAUGUGAGCUCAGCGCCAAAACGCAACACUCUCUCAGCGAGGUUUUGCGCUCUCCGUUACAAGGAGGGAAGGAAGUGGCGACUGGCUGAAAACGGUGAAACAUCUUUCGUAAACCAGGGGCAGAUAACUCCACCAUGCACUGAUCAAAUUGGCCAUCUGCUUUCACAUUAUCACCUGCUCUUUGGGUCCUCAAACAAAAUGGCGGAUAGUAUGAACAAGGAGUUGUUCCUUGACAUCCUCACUAAAGAGGAAAAAGAGGCUCUUCUCACAAAGAAAAUGGAGGAAAUUCGCAAAAAGAAUGAUGCUCUCCGCAAGAGACAUGAGGAAAUAGAAGCGGAUAAAAGAGUUGCCGCCAAAAAUAACCCCAAUAAAGAUGUCAACUCCUAUACCAGGGAAACUUCAAGUCCUGGGUCAUCAUCCCCUCAGAAAGAAUCUAAGCUUCUCCCUGGGGAAGACAAACGUGGACCCCGUCCGAAGACUGGAGGGAGGGGCAAGUCCCAGGUAGGCGGGAAGAGCAAGGAAAAGAAGCCACAGCAAGGUGUUUUUCGAGUUAUACGUUGGCAACCCCAGACUGGUGAAGUUGACAUCACUGAGGACGAUGCCAAUGAUGGUGGUGAUGAAGGAGACGGGAUGACAAGGUGCCCCCCCUCCCGGUUCCACACUGAUCCCCAUGAAGCAGGGCAGGAGGAUGGGGAGGAGGCAAAGCAUGAGAUGAAGACCACCCCUGCCAAGAGAAACAGACGACCCCAAAUGACCUCAGAGGACCAUGAAGAGAUGGCUGAAAGGAGAGGUCGCCUCAUACCCUCAAGUCGACCCCAGAGAAGUUCAAGCAAGCUGGGCCCAGAAGAUGGUCCACCUCCAGACCCCUCCUACAACUUCCUUGCUGACCGCCGCAGAGAAGGGCCCGCCAAAGAAUCUAAUGGAGAAUCCCCAGCGGAAAAAAUCCGCAAGUCUGACACUAGACGACACCCCAAGAAUUAUGGGGGACAAGAUUUUAAUAAUGUUAAAACACAAAUGAGAACAACCAAAGAACGACAGGAGCGUCCCAAGUCGGGGCCCCCUCGCACCAAGAUGGAGCUUGCGAUGGCGAUGACAGGGAAAGAGCGGAAGCAGUACCUGGAGUGGAAGGCCGAGCGCGACCGUGUGGACCAGGAGAGAAUGGACCGCCAGAAGUCUACCUCAGGAGAGUGGAGGCGUGCAUGGGAUGCAGAUAAGAAUCAGCAAGAUUUCGAACAACCUUCAAGUCCACAGAGAACAGAGCCAGCCAAACGUCCAGCUGGUCGAAUCGGUAGUGGUAGAUUUGACCGUGGGGAACGAGAGGAACGGCACCGGGGAGAUGCCCCGAGACUAAAAGCAGGCGUCAAGCAGGAACAAGAUGUCCAAAAUAAGCCAGUGGGUAGAGGUCGUGCUCGUGGCCGUGGUCGUGGUCGUGGUCGUGGUGAUCGCUCACCCCGUCAGAGGACAUUCUCCAGUGGGGAUGAAUCCAGGAAGGUGGAGAGACAGAAGGACCUUCUUGUGGUGAAGAUUGACAACUCUGGGAAAGACACAAACCAGUCUGUGGAGGUGGAGUACUGGGAUGAUGACAUGGUUGAUGUCAAGUCCAACUCUGCUGCUUCUGUCAAGUCUGGAACUAGUUCACGCGACGGUCAUUCCAAUCAUACUCGUUGUAGGCGUCGUGAUGACCACCAGUUUGAUGACCAUGAUGAAGGUCAAGAUGGUGAUGACAGCUGUGUUGGUGGUCAUCCACAUCGCCACACACUUAGUCACAGUCUGGGUGAUGAGAAUGAGCAUGAUGAGUCUUGGGAAGAUUGUCCAGAGGACAGUGAGUUUUAUGCAGAUGAUGAUUAUGCAGAUGGGGAUGACAAAUAUAAGGAGCCUCUAAAGCUGGAAUGUAAGUUGAACCCAGAUGCACCAGAGUUUACUCCAACAUCACCAGAGUUCAUGAAGACACCACCAGGCCAUGUCAAGGUCAUGGACUGGGUGACUGAGGUGAAUUCAAAUCUCAGCCCAACUUCACCCCCUCCGACCUUGGAUGGGGUAAAUAAUGAGGAGUGUAAAAAGGCACUCUUCAAAGAUAAGUCAAAUAGUGCAGGAAAGAGCUCUUCUCAUGGUGGAGUUACAAAAAAUGACACUAAAGUUUCUGAAGAAGAACUUAGUGCCAGUUACAUUGAUGAGAAAGAAAGUUGUGAUACUGCUGCCCCUGAAGCUUCAGAGGAGUUCCUAGAUGCUUCUGGAGAUGUAGGAGAGGCUGAUAUAUCUCAGCUCUCCAAUCAGGAAGUAGGACACGAACAUGAAUCCAAAUCCAGCCCUGUUGGUAGCUGUGGGAAUGUUGAAGGUGACGCUGACCCAUCCACUCAGAACACGGAGGUCAGCACACCUCAUAACGACAAAGUAAUAGAUGAAGCCCAGUCAUACUCAAAGGUGAAUGUGCCAAAUGAACCUCAAGGGAACAAUGAAACUAUUGUCAACAGUGAUGCUGCUGUCAGUAAAAUGAAAGAGGUUGAUGGUAAUAUGCAUAGUGGGGAUGACAUAUCCCUGAUAGAUCAACCGCUAAUUUCUGGUGAAACUGGGAUUUCAGCAAAAGCAGCUCCAAUGAAUCCCACAAUAGAUGCAAUAAAAGUAGACUCCACAGAGAUGGAUUUCACGGCAGAUGCCACAACACUGGACCCAACAACAUUGGUGUCCACAGCAGAUAUCACGUCAGUUGAUCCCACAGCAGAUGCCACAUCAGUGGAUCCCACAGCAGAUGCCACAUCAGUGGAUCCCACAGCAGAUGUCACAUUGGUUGAACAGACGUCAGAUGCCACAUCAGUGGAUCCCACAGCAGAUGCCACAGCAGUGGCCCCGACGUCAGAUGCCACAUCAGUGGAUCCCACAGCAGAUGCCACAUCAGUGGAUCCCACAGCAGAUGUCACAUUGGUUGAACAGACGUCAGAUGCCACAUCAGUGGAUCCCACAGCAGAUGCCACAGCAGUGGCCCCGACGUCAGAUGCCACAGCAGUGGAUCCCACAGCAGAUGCCACAGCAGUGGCCCCGACGUCAGAUGCCACAGCAGUGGUUCCCACAGCAGAUGCCACAGCAGUGGAACCCACAGCAGAGAUUGCAAGUGAGCUGUCCACACAGCAGAUGGCCAAACCAGACAUGACACCUCUGACUGAUAGGUCAGACCAGUUACAAACACAUCAGUUGGUGCAGGAAAAAGUGCCAACUGUUGACAAUGAUCAGAAGAGCUCUGUAUCUGAGACUGUUGUUGCUGCUGAGAGCAAAACAACAAUCCCAACAACUACCACCGCAACAGCUGAAAGCUCUCAUGUUGAAUGAGGAUCUUGCAGAGGAAGGCCUACAGUUUCAACACGACAGUUUUCACAUCAUCCUUUCGACAACAUAUCCGCCCUGCUUUUAGGGAAAACCACAGCCAAAAAGAUAUCCAUGUUUUUAACUUCAUUUCAUCCAAUCAGCAUUAUGUUGUUUAAAUGUUAUGUCAGGUUUUAAGUAAAUCUUAGAUUUGAAAAAGUUUAAAGUUGUUUUACAUUAUAAACUAUAAUCUGAUUCAAUGUUUCCAUGGAACAUGGGGUGAGUACAUCUUCCAGUCUCUGAGGAUGGGAUGUCCUCCAUCCCUUAAUGUGGGAAGUAUGUCUGACAGGACUAGUGCAGUCGCUAGCCACAGGAUUGUUAGUGCCACCGCAAUGUGUCUUAUUGACCUCAUAAAUGUCCCCCAUGAGGUACGUUAUGAAAUGUCUAGUGUUUUAAGGUGCUCUGAUACUCAGUAUGUUUUUAUUCACUUACAGUACAUGUCAAAUGUGAAGUUUUUUUCUUUUUAACAUAUUAUGUGUGCCAGGUCGUGAAAACGAAUCAGUUGCUUAAGAGAUGAAGUUUGUCAUUUCUUUCAAUCAUGGUACAUGUUAUUUGAUACUACUGUCUAUGUGAAGCGAUAGUAUUUAGUUUUGAUAGCUGGCCAACAGCCAGCAUUGAAGUACUGCCCUUUGUGAGACAGUGUUGUGAGUAUUUUAUGUGCUUGAGAUGUGUUUGAUAUUGAAUUGUACAUAGUCACAGAUGCUGUUUGUUCUUAUGUGCUCAUCCUGCAUAUUUGAAAUUGUGUGUUCCAUUUAGAACAUGUUUGUUGAUAGAAUUGGUCAGCUGAACUUUAUUUAUGCAAAUUCAUGCAAACAAUUACUUAUAAAUGUCCUUCCCAUAUUUCAUUGGUAGUCUUGUUUACUGCUAUUGGUUGUUGCAAUUCUUUUACAUUCUGUCCUGGGAGACUAUUCUUCCACUGACAUUUUGUAAGAAUGAAAAGGUUAUUUUAAGUCAUAGAUCAAUUCAUAAUAUUUCAUAUAUCAAAUUCAUUUUACAGUCACUUGUUAUUUAUUGACAACUAUACAUUGUCCUUCAUAUUUAUGUACUGUGCAAUCAUAUCCACAGUUAUUGCAUUUAGGAUGUGAAAACUUCACUUGUAUAGGACUCUAAUGUACAAAAGAAGCAGUAUUCACUUCCAUAAUAUUUAUCUGUAGUGAGGUUGACAGAUAAACAUGUUUGCUACUCCAUCCUGCCACACAACAUGGAGGCAACAGAUGGCCAAGCCUGAGUGUGCUACAUCCUGCCACACAACAUGGAGGCAACAGAUGGCCAAGCCUGAGUGUGCUACAUCCUGCCACACAACAUGGAGGCAACAGAUGGCCAAGCCUGAGUGUGCUACAUCCUGCCACACAACAUGGAGGCAACAGAUGGCCAAGCCUGAGUGUGCUACAUCCUGCCACACAACAUGGAGGCAACAGAUGGCCAAGCCUGAGUGUGCUACAUCCUGCCACACAACAUGGAGGCAACAGAUGGCCAAGCCUGAGUGCUGCUACAUCCUGCCACACAACAUGGAGGCAACAGAUGGCCAAGCCUGAGUGUGCUACAUCCUGCCACACAACAUGGAGGCAACAGAUGGCCAAGCCUGAGUGUGCUACAUCCUGCCACACAACAUGGAGGCAACAGAUGGCCAAGCCUGAGUGUGCUACAUCCUGCCACACAACAUGGAGGCAACAGAUGGCCAAGCCUGAGUGUGCUACAUCCUGCCACACAACAUGGAGGCAACAGAUGGCCAAGCCUGAGUGUGCUACAUCCUGCCACACAACAUGGAGGCAACAGAUGGCCAAGCCUGAGUGCUGCUACAUCCUGCCACACAACAUGGAGGCAACAGAUGGCCAAGCCUGAGUGUGCUACAUCCUGCCACACAACAUGGAGGCAACAGAUGGCCAAGCCUGAGUGCUGCUACAUCCUGCCACACAACAUGGAGGCAACAGAUGGCCAAGCCUGAGUGUGCUACAUCCUGCCACACAACAUGGAGGCAACAGAUGGCCAAGCCUGAGUGCUGCUACAUCCUGCCACACAACAUGGAGGCAACAGAUGGCCAAGCCUGAGUGCUGCUACAUCCUGCCACACAACAUGGAGGCAACAGAUGGCCAAGCCUGAGUGCUGCUACAUCCUGCCACACAACAUGGAGGCAACAGAUGGCCAAGCCUGAGUGCUGCUACAUCCUGCCACACAACAUGGAGGCAACAGAUGGCCAAGCCUGAGUGCUGCUACAUCCUGCCACACAACAUGGAGGCAACAGAUGGCCAAGCCUGAGUGUGCUACAUCCUGCCACACAACAUGGAGGCAACAGAUGGCCAAGCCUGAGUGCUGCUACAUCCUGCCACACAACAUGGAGGCAACAGAUGGCCAAGCCUGAGUGCUGCUACAUCCUGCCACACAACAUGGAGGCAACAGAUGGCCAAGCCUGAGUGUGCUGCACCAUCCUGCCACACAACAUGGAGGCAACAGAUGGCCAAGCCUGAGUGCUGCUACAUCCUGCCACACAACAUGGAGGCAACAGAUGGCCAAGCCUGAGUGUGCUAAACCAUCCUGCCACACAACAUGGAGGCAACAGAUGGCCAAGCCUGAGUGCUGCUACAUCCUGCAACACCACAUGGAGGCAACAGAUGGCCAAGCCUGAGUGCUGCUACAUCCUGCCACACCACAUGGAGGCAACAGAUGGCCAAGCCUGAGUGCUGCUACAUCCUGCCACACAACAUGGAGGCAACAGAUGGCCAAGCCUGAGUGCUGCUACAUCCUGCCACACAACAUGGAGGCAACAGAUGGCCAAGCCUGAGUGUGCUACAUCCUGCAACACCACAUGGAGGCAACAGAUGGCCAAGCCUGAGUGCUGCUACAUCCUGCCACACCACAUGGAGGCAACAGAUGGCCAAGCCUGAGUGUGCUACAUCCUGCAACACCACAUGGAGGCAACAGAUGGCCAAGCCUGAGUGUGCUAAACCAUCCUGCCACACAACAUGGAGGCAACAGAUGGCCAAGCCUGAGUGUGCUACAUCCUGCCACACAACAUGGAGGCAACAGAUGGCCAAGCCUGAGUGUGCUACAUCCUGCAACACCACAUGGAAGCAACAGAUGGCCAAGCCUGAGUGCUGCUACAUCCUGCCACACAACAUGGAGGCAACAGAUGGCCAAGCCUGAGUGCUGCUACAUCCUGCCACACAACAUGGAGGCAACAGAUGGCCAAGCCUGAGUGCUGCUACAUCCUGCCACACAACAUGGAGGCAACAGAUGGCCAAGCCUGAGUGCUGCUACAUCCUGCCACACAACAUGGAGGCAACAGAUGGCCAAGCCUGAGUGCUGCUACAUCCUGCCACACAACAUGGAGGCAACAGAUGGCCAAGCCUGAGUGUGCUAAACCAUCCUGCCACACAACAUGGAGGCAACAGAUGGCCAAGCCUGAGUGUGCUAAACCAUCCUGCCACACAACAUGGAGGCAACAGAUGGCCAAGCCUGAGUGUGCUAAACCAUCCUGCCACACAACAUGGAGGCAACAGAUGGCCAAGCCUGAGUGCUGCUACAUCCUGCCACACAACAUGGAGGCAACAGAUGGCCAAGCCUGAGUGUGCUAAACCAUCCUGCCACACAACAUGGAGGCAACAGAUGGCCAAGCCUGAGUGCUGCUACAUCCUGCCACACAACAUGGAGGCAACAGAUGGCCAAGCCUGAGUGUGCUGCACCAUCCUGCCACACAACAUGGAGGCAACAGAUGGCCAAGCCUGAGUGCUGCUACAUCCUGCCACACAACAUGGAGGCAACAGAUGGCCAAGCCUGAGUGUGCUAAACCAUCCUGCCACACAACAUGGAGGCAACAGAUGGCCAAGCCUGAGUGUGCUAAACCAUCCUGCCACACAACAUGGAGGCAACAGAUGGCCAAGCCUGAGUGCUGCUACAUCCUGCCACACAACAUGGAGGCAACAGAUGGCGAAGCCUGAGUGUGCUGCACCAUCCUGCCACACAACAUGGAGGCAACAGAUGGCCAAGCCUGAGUGUGCUGCACCAUCCUGCCACACAACAUGGAAGCAACAGAUGGCCAAGCCUGAGUGUGCUAAACCAUCCUGCCACACAACAUGGAGGCAACAGAUGGCCAAGCCUGAGUGCUGCUACAUCCUGCCACACAACAUGGAGGCAACAGAUGGCCAAGCCUGAGUGUGCUGCACCAUCCUGCCACACAACAUGGAAGCAACAGAUGGCCAAGCCUGAGUGUGCUAAACCAUCCUGCCACACAACAUGGAGGCAACAGAUGGCCAAGCCUGAGUGCUGCUACAUCCUGCCACACAACAUGGAGGCAACAGAUGGCCAAGCCUGAGUGUGCUGCACCAUCCUGCCACACAACAUGGAGGCAACAGAUGGCCAAGCCUGAGUGUGCU